GAAACGUCAAAGCUAAACUUUUGACAAUUAUUUAUUGUUGUUCUUCAGUUCCUCAUGGCCGUGCAGUAGCCCACAGAAUCUCAUCGAGUUUCGCGUUAUGGAGUACAUAAACGAGGGAAUCGCCCUGGGCGUAGACCUUUUGAUCCUGGGACUAUGCUUCAAGGAGUAUGUGAAUUACAAGAAGUCCUUAGCUUCGCUCAAGAAUGCUCCGCAACUCCACCUGGAAUCAAAUUUGAGGUCGGUGGUCGAAAAGCAAAAGGACAAGAGGAUUCCUUAUGCCGUAAUUCGGGGCACUGUCAUGCCGAUUGGAGCACCCUUGAAGAGUGUUAUGUCACCAUCGGUUACGGGGGUCUUGCAGGUCAUCAAAUUGAGUGAACACCGCGUUGCAAGGGGAUUUGCCGGUUUUUGGUCGGACCAACGCAAACUCAUUCAUGUAUCGUCGAAUGAAGUGCCAUUCGUGAUCACGAGUGGGAAGGAAAGCGUGGAGAUUCUUGACGGUCUUUCAGCGUCAGUCAUAGAUUUAGACCUGGUAUAUGACAGCUACGAGCCAGCAUCCCUCACAUUUUUCGAUCAUAUCUUCGGGUUUUUCUCGGGGGUGCGCCAAAAAGGCUUCCAAACCACGGAGGAGAUCCUUCGGGACGGGAGCUUCAUCACGGCUAUCGGCGAAAUAGAAUUAGACGGGAAUACGUUACGGAUGCAGUCCUCGUCUGUGGGUCCGAUGUUCUUGACGACAGCAACAAAGGGAACGCUGAUCAAAAAGUUUGAGGAGGCCAAGUCGUCUACGCUAAUUAAAAUGUUCUUCUGCGGCACAAUAUCUGUGAUACUAAUAUCAAUCAUAGCACGUAAAAUCUAUCUGAAGAAGAAGCAAGAGCGGUCGGAGCGAAAACUGAAGGAGUCGUUGGAGAAAGCUCGACGUGAACGGCGGUCUCGAGCGCGCCCCCGAAAUCUCAACGACGAACAACUGUGCGUGGUUUGCGUUGCGAACCCUAAAGAGGUCAUUGUGUUGCCGUGCGGUCACGUCUGCCUCUGUGAGGAUUGCUCAGAGAAAAUUCAGUUGAACUGUCCCGUGUGCCGGGCACGCAUUGAAACCAAAGCAGCCGCGUUUAUAUCCUAAGCGAACAAAUGUAAAGGCAACUGCCAGACAAUUGACUCAUCUCAAGUUUUAGCAUAACGGAUUGUGGAAAGUAUAGCAUUGGAAAUAGUUUAUUAGAAUAUUUCGAGGGCGAAUAACUAUUUAUUAAAAAUGUGCAUAAUCAUUUUGUCGUAAUUUCAAUAAAAUAAUGUACAUAUUGAGUGAA